AUGAGUAAGACUUUGGACUGUGGUGGGAAUAUUAAUAACGGAAAUGAUAGAAAACAUGUACGAUCACGUCAAUCCGCCACUCAACAGCCGAGGUGGUUUUCCGGACUUCGUGCAAGGAUCUCGCAGCUUAAUAUGCCGGAGUGGCUGAGCCAGCUUGGAAUUAGGAAUUUUAAUUAUAUAGCACCAAUAGAGGAAGUGUUACCCGGUGACAAAGAUGAAGGAAAAGUGGACUGCAAAGAUGAUCAAUCGGAGCGGAGGCUGGAUGAUGUUUCAAAGAAGUUGGAGACAUACAUCGAUCCAGCACUGGACGUAAAUGGAGGUGAUACGAUAGGCUCAUGGUUAUGGGAGGAAACUGAUUUUGGCGACACCCUUGCUUUGCAGCACUUUGGCCCGUUGAAGAAUCUCAUUACGGGUUGUAGUCAUCUCGGAAAAGGACAUGAUUUCUUGUCACUGUCUAUUACCCAUCCAACCUGGUGUGACAAAUGUGGAGAUUUUAUGUGGGGAUUUUUAACACGAGCAGUGAGAUGUGAUAACUGUAAUUAUACUUGUCACGCAAAAUGUAGAUCGCUUGUAACACUUGAUUGCAAAACAGCGGAUAGUACCUUAAAUUCAUGUCAUGAAUUAGCCGUAACUUCUUGUUCAAAUCUCAAAAUGUUCAAUGAAACUGACGAGAUUCUUGAGGAACAAAAAGACGAAACGAGCGGUUUUGUGCAAAUUCACAUGAAUUUUAUGCGGCCUAUUAAUGUGGUAGCUGGCGAUUCGCUUUCAUUUCUGGAUGUUACUAACGAAUCGGGAUCUGUAACUACCAGUUCUGUAAGGACAAUCACAACAUUUUUUCUUCCGAGAAAUACUGUUAGGAAUGUGAAUAUAAGCAGCAAGAUGACUACUAGAGAAAUAAUUGUAACUUUGCUCCGAAAAUUCCGAGUUGCAGAUAAUCCACGGAAAUUUGCACUAUAUGAACGCAUCUGUCAGUCUUCAGGAAAUCCAGCUAUACAAAAUUAUAGUUUAACGCGCAUUCCGGACGAGUUAUAUCCACUUAAAAUUGUGCGCUCAUGGGAAGAGAAGGGUGAGAAACGCCAAUUAGUUUUGCAAGAGAAUGAUACAGGAGAUAUUUUGUGGGAUAUGUUUGAGGUUCCAGAACUUGAGAAUUUUUUAAAAAUACUGGAAGAUGAGGAAAAACAGUAUUCUUUCCGAAUUCGGCAGAAAUACGAUGCUUAUAGGUGGUAUUUGGAUGAAAAUUUACGUAACAGAGGUUUUGCGGUGGAUAGUGAUGAAUUUAGCCCGGUCAAAGCAAAUUCUUGUAUAUCCACUGACGUCUAG